CGUGGGGAGGCAGCGCCGUUGUUUGUGGUGCCCGCGAGCAGACGCGCCGCAGCUGCCGCCUCGCCUCGCCGCUCGUGGCCCCGCCAGCGCCCGGCCGGCGCCCCUCGCCCGCCCGCCCUCCCUCCCGCUCGCCGCCCCCCAGGAUGUCCGAGAAGUCCGCCGAGGAGGCUCCGCUGGAGCUGGGGGCCAAGGACCUGAAAGAGAAAAAGGAGAAGCAUGAGGAGAAAAAGGAGAAGCAUGAGGAGAAAUCAGCUCGUAAAGAGAAGAAGGAGAUCGUAGAGGAUGAUGAAAAUGGUGCUGAGGAAGAGGAAGAUGACGAAGAUGCAAAUCCUGAGGAUGUGGACGAUGAAGAUGAAGAAGACGAAGAUGAGGAGAACGACCAGGAGCCAGACUCACACGCAGGGAAACGGUCUGCGGAGAAGAGGCAGGAAGAGGAUGAAGUGGACCCAAAGAGAAAGAAGACGGAAAAUGGCUCUUCCGCUUGAAACUGCCCCCUCCUUGUGUCUGCAUCCUCUUCUCUCCUGUCCGUCUCCCCCCAACCUUCAGUGCUCCCGCCUUCGUUGGCAUCAGUUUUAGUGCCACAGUGCUAGAGGGGGGAGGAGGCAUCCAGUUGUUCUCACACAGGGAGGGAAGGCGGGAGGGAGAGGGAGGCAGCUUGUCUCCAGCCCUGAGGCCCCUUCUGCAUUACAGUGCUCCCUACAGUUUCAGUGCCCACCUAGCUACUCAUCCGUCCUCCACCACCUGUCAUCCAACAUCCCUCCAUUCCCUGCAGACGUUCGCUUCCCCUGCCCAAGCCCCCCCCCCUCCCAGCUGCUGCCUCAGGCCCUCGCGUGCUUGCCUUUUUGACCGUUCUUCGGCAAAAAGGUGCUCCCUGCCCUUCACCAUCUGCCCCCUUUUUCCUUCCUUUCGUUGGUCCCGUACAGAGUUCCACAAGCUCCACAAGCACAUGUGGUGCCGAAAGGGUUAAGACCCGUCUAGGACUCCCCAGGGCAGUCGACGGGCAGGGAGCCUUGGCAGCCCUACAGGCAGUUCAUGUUGUCUGCCUGGUUCCCUUUCCACAGCUGGGAAAAGGCAAAGGUGGUUGGUGGGGGGGGGGAGAACGCAACAACAAAAUGUUUUUUAAAAAACAAAACAUGCAUAGCAACAAAGAUUUUAAUUAUUAAUACAUUUUGUACAAAUUUACGUGGGAAGGCAGCGAUCUGGAUCUGGUGAUUUUUUUUUCUUCCAGAGGCAAUGCUUGUUUUAUAAUACGUGAAAUCAGAUGUGAUUUAGUGGUGGGUUUUUCUCCCUCUUCAUUUUGGGUCUUUGAAAAAGAAAUUAGGGACCAAAUUUUUAUUUCUCCUUUGUUCCCUCCAGGUUCUUCUGUCCUUUUUUUUUCUUUGUAAAUUAAAGCAGAACCAUCUGCAGUAUUUUCUAUGGCUCAGACAUUAUGAGGAUGAGAAAUAUAAAUAUAUAUAUUGUUUAGCACUGUAAAUAAAAACCUUUCAAAAAGA